UAACCAAGGCUAAAGAUUCUGCUACUUCUGCCAGUCAUAACCUAGGAUCAGCUGACGAUGGAAAGCCAUUUUUUUCAUUUACCUUUGGCAACUCAGAAGACUUUUUUACAGUAUCUAAACUCAGCAGUUCAUCAAAGGCUUCACCAUUUUCUUCAUGCCUUAAUGAGAAGCCAGCUGAACAAAGUACAAUACUUCAGACAGGUACAGAGAACAACAGUUCUGCAAACAAAACUGUAGAACCUAAGUGGCUAAAAUCACCAACAUUAUUUUCAUGGGAACAGACUACUUUUAAUACUCCAGAAGUUACCACAACUUGUAUAACAUCCAGUGUUGCCAGAGGGAAGAAUGAUGGUUUCAAGACUCCCCCUCCCUUUGGUGAUGAUAUAUUUUCCUUCUCAAAUAACUGUCCCCUGGAAUGUAAAUCUUCACCUCUCUUUACAUUUGGAAGCACUGUCAAAAGUAGUCCAGAUUCAGUAGCUUCCUCCUCAAUGUUGUUUUUAUCUCAUAAGAAUAAAGAUGAAAGCGAAAAAAUUAAACUCGGAUCUGACAAAACAUGUCCUGAUGAAGAAGCACCUAUGCCUCCAGUAUGUAAAUUGGCCGUUUCUGAACUUAGUCCAAAAGGUAGCGGUACAUUUUUUUCUUUGGACAUAUCUGUGAAGACUGAAGAAGCAGUUGCUCAGCAAAAUGCUCUGUGUAGUUCUCCUACAGUUAACCCUUUGUUUACAACAGACCUUUCUGUUAAAGGAGGCAAGACCUGUUCCAUUCCAGGGGCUGCAGCAACACAGUCACAAAUGGAGCUGAAGGUUGCAGAUGACAGCAGUGUAGUUGUUGCUAAUAAAUGUAAGUCACACCAAGAUUUAGGAGAGUUUUCUAAGAAGAAGGAUGAACUUGAAACUCUGCUGCUUCAGAAUACUGCUCACCUUGCCCCUAUCACGGCUCCGCUUGCAGUAGAAAAGGGAGGUGAAGCACCAAAUGAUGCAUUCUCCGAUACAGAAGAACUAAGUCAAGCAUCCAUCUCCAGUGACUGUAGCAGUGCAUCAGAAUAUUUUUCUGUUGCUGAAGACAAAAUAUCUGCUAGUAGAAAGUCAGGCAUGUGCAACAGAGAAUAAAGUACAAGAGACUUUCCUUCAAGGAGAGAAUAUGAUGGCCAAAGCAGUUUAUUCAGAAACCUAAAUAAAGUGUUUGGAAAAAAUAAUCUAAGACAAGUACCUUUUGGUUUUGUAUUUGACAUUUUGCUAAACCGUGCUAUAUAUGGUACGUGAUUCUCCAUUUAUUUAGAUAGCUAUAAUGACAUACUUGUAAUCACUGGUUGUUUUAAAACCACCAAUUUGCCCCUUUCAAAAUCAGGAUAGAAUAUAGCAUGUGAAUAAAAUAAAAUAAAAGGUGAAUAACCCAGGUUUGAUUAUUUUUAAUAUAUUGUUUUCCUAUGUAGAGAAUUGUAGUCUUAGGUGACAGUAUGGUGGUGUCUUUGUGUAAAUUGUUUAUUUACAAAAAUAAGAGUAAUCACGAUAAUUAUUUUACUGAAAGUAACAGUAAAGUGACACUAAAUUAUCAGAAAUAAUUUAAAUUUCUCAAGUUAACCAGAUGAUCUUUAUCAGCCUUUUAGGAGGAAGAAAAAAUUAAGGCAUUGUUAAAGGUAGAAUAUUAGUAUUGUUCUCACUAUUUUUUAAAAACAUGAAUGUUUAGCUGCUUUGCCGUGUAUCAUCUGUACCAAAUUAAACCUCUUAAUAGAUAUAAUAUUUAUUCACGUAGUACACAUACCUCU